CAAACAUCAUACUUAUAGAUAUCCUGUUACAUAAGCAGUCGUGUGGAUAAUGCCUGCUGCCAACGGUGUCACUGGGUUGGGGCCGGGGCAGCCCCUGAGGCCUCGUGUGGUACAUGACCCCAUUCUCGCGGCGCUCAGUGUGCUGCUGCUUUACAUGGUGUGUUGGAUCUUCAUGUUCCCCGCAACCAGCUGGAGCGGCUGGCUACCCGGCCAUGAGCGGCUGAUGGUGUGGCUGGGCGAGCUCGACUUCGUACCCGCGCCCCGGGACGUCGCUUCCAAGCACGGCCCGCACACCGCCGUCAAGCUCACGCACAUCCUGCCCUCGGGUGUGUGGUCCCUGUGCGGCGCAAUGCAGCUGGCACCGCCGCGCCUGCGCGCCGCCGCACCGCGCCUGCACCGGCUCACCGGCCGCAUUAUGCUGGCGGCCGCCGUACCGGUGGCCAUUGGGUACUUUGUGAUGGAGGCCCGCGGGCUGGUUGGCGGGUCGCACGAGCUGCAAAGCGCCGCGACUGGCAGCAGCAGUGGCCGUAGCAGCAGCGGCAUGCCUGACAACCACCUGGCGCUGCGCGGCCUCAACGCCUGGUUUGUGCUGACGGCGGCCGUGGCGCUGGUGCAGGCGCGGCGGCGGCGCUACGCCAGUCACGGCGCCUGGGCGCUGCGCCACGUCGCCUCGGGCGCCUGGGUGGUGCUGCAGCGGCUAGUAAUAAUGGUCGUGUCGAGCGUGGCGAUGGUGGGCGGCGUCAAGUGGAGCGAGGAAGCACGGUACGACGUGUUUGGCAAGAUCGCCGUCGCAGCCAUUGUGGUCUGCGUGACGGGAGCGGAGGUUUACGUGCGAUGGGGUGGCGGCGCCGGGCUGCGGCCUGCGGCGCCGGUGGCCGAUGCGUCAAAGUCGGGAAGCCAGGGCAAGGGCAUGGCGGCUGGAGGCAUCGGCUAUGACGGGAGCGGUGCUGAACUGGCAGCGAAUGAAGAGCAGGCAGCGGCAGGGGCGGGUUCAGUCCGGCGGCGCGGGGCGGGGCGGGAACGUGCAGGAGAACAGGGGCAAGGAUUGAGCCCACGUCCACAAGCAGCAGCCGGUAGCGGACAGGCGACAGGAGGUGGCAAGAGGACCGAAGCUAACGCCAAGGCGAAAUGAGCAUGUAGACUAGCCCUUUGGCAGGCAUCCAAGCUUUGCGGCAAGUUGGUGAUGAGGCUGGUGCCGGUGCUUGUUCCGUCGUGAGCUAGCUAGCGGGCGUAGAGAGUGACAGUGCAGGACAGUGUUCUCGCGAUGGGUGAGGUGGGGUGGUGUCGGUGGCCAUAGCGCUGAGCUGGCCAGCUGGGCGUGAGUGUGAUGUGGCAAGAGCUCUUGGCACGUGCUGGACUGGUCAUCAGCGGCGGACGCGAGCAGACGAGGUUCUAGCACAACACGGACAUGGGUGUGUGAUGGGACAGGGUUCAAGGCAGGUUGGCGAGGUCCCGUAGGGUGCAGCUGAUGCCCAGACCCACGGACAUGGGUGUACAGUGCCAACCUGCGAGCCCACGCCGCUCAUCGGCCGACAGGUUCAAUGUCGCGCUGUGUGCUUGGCUGUGGCACAGGCUGUGAUGAAUGAUUCGUGUCUGGUGACAGGCUGACUGCUCAAGUGCCGUAUGGCGGUUACGCCAUGCGCGGAAGCUGUGGUGUCCGUUACUCUGUUGAGGUGGUGGUCCGCACAGUGGCUGCAACUGCGCGAGAGGCUAUGUGUACAAAAUUUA